UUCACUGAGACAUUUUUGACUGAGAGGGACAAGCAAUCCAAAUGGAGUGGAAUUCCUCAGCUGCUCCUCAAGCUGUAUGCUACCAGCCACCUCCAUAGUGACUUCGUUGAGUGCCAAAAUAUCCUCAAGGAAAUUUCUCCUCUUCUCUCCAUGGAGGCUAUGGCAUUUGUUACUGAAGAGAGGAAACUUACCCAAGAAACCACUUACCCAAAUACAUAUAUUUUUGACUUGUUUGGAGGUGUUGAUCUUCUUGUAGAAAUUCUUAUGAGGCCUACAAUCUCUAUCCGGGGACAGAAACUGAAAAUAAGUGAUGAAAUGUCUAAGGACUGCUUGAGCAUCUUGUAUAAUACCUGUGUCUGUACGGAAGGAGUUACAAAGCGUUUGGCAGAAAAGAAUGACUUUGUGAUCUUCCUGUUUACACUGAUGACAAGUAAGAAGACAUUUUUACAAACAGCAACUCUCAUUGAAGAUAUUUUGGGUGUUAAAAAGGAAAUGAUCCGACUAGAUGAAGUCCCCAAUUUGAGUUCGUUAGUAUCCAAUUUCGAUCAGCAGCAGCUUGCUAAUUUCUGCCGGAUUUUGGCUGUCACUAUUUCGGAGAUGGAUACAGGAAAUGAUGACAAGCACACACUUCUUGCCAAAAAUGCUCAGCAGAAAAAGAGUUUGAGCUUGGGACCUUCUGCAGCUGAAAUCAACCAAGCGGCCCUUCUCAGCAUCCCUGGCUUUGUCGAACGGCUUUGCAAACUGGCAACUCGAAAGGUGUCAGAGUCAACGGGCACAGCCAGCUUCCUGCAGGAGUUGGAGGAAUGGUACACAUGGCUAGACAACGCUUUGGUGCUGGAUGCCCUCAUGCGAGUGGCCAACGAGGAGUCUGAGCACAACCAAGCCUCCAUUGUGUUCCCUCCUCCAGGGGCUUCUGAGGAGAAUGGCCUGCCUCACACUUCAACUAGGACCCAGCUGCCCCAGUCAAUGAAGAUUAUGCAUGAGAUCAUGUACAAACUGGAAGUGCUCUAUGUUCUCUGCGUGCUGCUGAUGGGGCGUCAGCGAAACCAGGUUCACAGAAUGAUUGCAGAGUUCAAGCUGAUCCCUGGACUCAAUAACUUAUUUGACAAGCUGAUUUGGAGGAAGCAUUCAGCAUCUGCUCUUGUCCUCCAUGGUCACAACCAGAAUUGUGACUGCAGCCCGGACAUCACCUUGAAGAUACAGUUUUUGAGGCUUCUCCAGAGUUUCAGUGACCACCACGAGAACAAAUACCUGCUGCUCAACAACCAGGAGCUAAACGAGCUCAGUGCUAUCUCUCUCAGGGCCAACAUCCCUGAGGUGGAGGCCGUCCUCAACACUGACAGGAGUUUGGUGUGUGAUGGGAAGAGGGGCUUAUUAACCCGUCUGCUACAGGUCAUGAAGAAGGAGCCAGCUGAGUCAUCUUUCAGGUUCUGGCAAGCCCGGGCUGUGGAGAGUUUCCUCCGAGGGACCACCUCCUAUGCAGACCAGAUGUUCCUGCUCACAUCCUGUACUGCAUUGUGGACAGUGAGUGCAAGUCAAGAGAUGUGCUCCAGAGUUACUUUGACCUCCUGGGGGAGCUGAUGAAGUUCAACGUUGAUGCAUUCAAGAGAUUCAAUAAAUAUAUCAACACUGAUGCAAAGUUCCAGGUGUUCCUGAAGCAGAUCAACAGCUCUCUGGUGGACUCCAACAUGCUGGUGCGCUGUGUCACCCUGUCACUGGACCGAUUUGAAAACCAGGUGGACAUGAAAGUUGCUGAGGUCCUGUCCGAGUGCCGCCUCCUCGCCUACAUAUCCCAGGUGCCCACACAGAUGUCCUUCCUCUUCCGCCUCAUCAACAUCAUCCAUGUGCAGACGCUGACACAGGAGAACGUCAGCUGCCUCAACACCAGCCUGGUGAUUCUGAUGCUGGCCCGGCGAAAAGAGCGGCUGCCUCUAUACCUGCGGCUCCUGCAGCGCAUGGAGCACAGCAAGAAGUAUCCCGGCUUCCUGCUCAACAACUUCCACAACCUGCUGCGCUUUUGGCAGCAGCAUUACCUGCACAAGGACAAGGACAGCACCUGCCUGGAGAACAGCUCCUGCAUUAGCUUCUCAUACUGGAAGGAGACAGUGUCCAUCCUGUUGAACCCGGACCGCCAGUCACCCUCGGCCCUUGUCAGCUACAUCGAGGAGCCCUACAUGGACAUAGACAGGGACUUCACUGAGGAGUGACCUUGGGCCAGGCCUCGGGAGGCUGCCAGGCCAGGGCCGGGGCUGGUGUGGGUGAGGGUGGGUGCACCUGCCACAUGCCCCGCCCUGUUCCCAUCCCUCCCCUGCCUCCCUGCUGCUCUCGGCCUGCCCCAGGUCUUCAGGUACAGGCUUGGCAGGAGAGUGUCCUAAGAGCCCCUGGGUCUGAGGGCCCCAGAUCAUGGGGGGAGCUCAGUUUCCUCAUGAUCCCCAAGAGGACAGGGGCUCCAUGCCUGCCUUCCCAGAACCCUGGAGCCCAGCCCACCAGAGGUAAGGGGACUUUUAAAAUGAGCUCUGUCUGAGCUCCUGUCCAUCUCUCAGCUGUCAGCCCUGGGGUUUGGAGGAAGAUACAGGGCCCCAUCUGUGAGCCAAGCCUCCUUGUCCCUUGGCCUUUGGACCCAGGCAAUAGCUCUGAGCCCGGGCAGGGGUGGGGGUACCAGAGAAUGCUGCCUUCCCCCUAAGCCUGCCCCUCUUCCCUUGUUAUCCUUUAGCUCCUCGGGUUCUGUUUGCUCAUUGGCCGCUGUGUUCAUCCCGGGGUUCUCCCAGAAGUUUGGGGGGAGGCCUUCCCUCCUCCAUCCCAUGGGGCACAGGGUGGCUGUGCUCACCCUGCCCCUGGGCCGCGUCUCCUGCCUGAGCCCAGACACAGGAGUCGGGCCAGGAGCUCACCUUGGCCCCUCCUCGUGUUGCCAAUUUAUUAACAGCAAAUAAACUGAUUAAGUGGAGACUAUUAAAGAACUUUAUUUUAAAUGA